AUGAAUCAGGAAGAUCUAGAUCCAGAUGGUACUAUGGAUGCGAAUGAUAUUACAGAUAUUCACAAAGAGAUAUUUGAAGAAUGUGAUCAAAUGUGGAACGAUAUGGAAGAAUGUCAGAAUAGAUUAAUGCUUGUUGGAACGGAGACACUUACGGAUUCAAAUGCCCAGCUAUCAUUAUUAACUAUGCGAAUGAAAUGUUUGUCUGCUGAACUCAAGCAAUGGCAGAAAGAAACUCCCAAAAUUAUUCCACUGAAUGAAGACGUUCUAAUGUCAUUAGGAAAAGAAGAGUUCCAAAAAUUGAGACAUGAUUUGGAAAUGGUAUUGUCUGCUAUUCAGUCAAAGAAUGAAAAGUUAAAGGAAGACUUGGAAAGGGAGCAACAAUGGUUGGAUGAACAAGAACAGAUACUGGGAUCUCUUAAUACAUUACACAAUGAACUGAAAAAUCAGAUUGUACCAUUUUCUGAGUCAAGAGUCUUGAAUGAGUUGAAAACUAAAAUGCAAAGUAUAAAAGAAUAUAAGGAGAAGCUUUUGUUGACCUUGGGUGAAUUUCUAGUAGACCAUUUUCCUCUGCCUGAUGAAAAAGUUAAAAAGAAAAAGGAAAACAUUCAAGACCAGCCUGCACAGCUGAUAUCACUACGUGACAUGCUAGAGAUUCUCAUGAAUAGAUUGUUUGAUGUUCCAUAUGAUCCAUAUGUCAAAAUUAGUGAUUCCUUUUGGCCGCCUUAUAUUGAACUCCUGUUGCGUAAUGGAAUUGCCUUGAGACAUCCAGAAGAUCCAAACCGAAUAAGAUUAGAAGCCUUCCACCAGUAA